GUAGCAGAAGAAUCUGAUCCCACUUUUUCAAUUCUCAGGCAAAGUUAAGCCAAAGUUGAAAAUGGAAGGGACUGUGUUCACGCCUUGUUUGGAAGGAAUGAAGCAUGUUAAGUCUGAACAAGGCGAGAUGCUUACUAAGCCAUUUUUAGAGCUCUGCAAGACCAUCUUGCCUGUUAUAGAUAAAUUUGGAGCUGCUAUGACUCUUGUGAAAUCUGACAUUGGUGGCAACAUAUCGAGGUUGGAGAAGAACUACUUGUCUGAUCCCGACAAGUUCAAGUACUUGUACACCUUUGUUCAAGUCGAAAUUGAGUCUAAGACAGCAAAAGGAUCGUCUAGCUGUACCAACGGUCUUCUCUGGUUAACCAGAGCAAUGGAUUUCUUGGUGGAGCUGUUCCGCAACUUGGUAGCACAUCAAGAUUGGUCAAUGCCACAAGCUUGUGCUGACUCAUACCAAAAAACACUCAAGAAAUGGCACGGAUGGCUCGCCAGCUCUACCUUCUCUAUGGCUUUAAAGCUAGCGCCAGACAGGAAGAAGUUCAUGGAUGUCAUAUCUGGUUCUGGUGACAUCCAUGCCGACAUGGAAAGGUUUUGCGCUGAGUUUGGUCCGUUUCUUCAAGAUAAUCACAAGUUUCUGGCUAGCGUCGGUAUGGAUGACAUGAAAGCUUCUUGAGUCAUCAUAUGAUUAUUCGCCGGUAUCAAAUCUUCUUUGCCGGAAUCUUUGUUCGUUUAAACUUUCUUCUUUGGAUUCUAAAACUAGACCCUCCAAAAGAAACAGAAUAAUGUGUCGGUUUCAAUCUGAAUGUUCACUUUAUAUUAUAUAAGUUUAUAACAUACGAAUCAAUCUUAUCAGCUCUUCUUGUUAAUUAGUGUUUGUUAUGUAAUUUUGAACAUGUUUCAAACCAUUUUGCUUACUAUUAUUGCAAAAUCUAUCAAUAUAAUUGUUAUAAGUUA